CUGAUUUUGUUGCAUCGGAGUGCACUUACCGAGCGCGCGGGAGCCUUGCUGGCGAGCGCGCGAGUGUAGGGAUCGGGCACGGGAUUUGGGAUCGAGUCGCGGUUUGAGUGAGUGAGUGAGUGAGUGUAUGUGUAUGUGUAUGUGUAUGUGUGUGUGUGUGUGUGCCUCUUUAGAUCCUGGCAGCACCAUCCGGCUAGAGGGUGAGCCGAGGAGGACACUGACUGCUUGUUUUUUUUGUCACUUCCAGCAACACUGGAUGUUUUUUAUCAUGAUUUCUUCCCCUCUCUCGUGCUAGUGGAUUUCCUGGAUCUACCCAUCUGUAUUUCCAAACUGGAUUUAUUUAUGAUUUGUGCGCUUGGAUCUAAUAACUAACGACGCAAAACACGCACGCACAGAGGAAUCGAUGGGGAAAAUAAGUUGACUGCUGUCUUGGGAGAUUUGUUCCCCCCCCCCUCCCCCCUCCUUCUAGGGAAUCCACUGCUCUUAUUUUUGAUCACCAACAUGGGGAUCUGGGAUACCUAGCGCGGCUUGGGUGCUUGUCACAUCUUGGGGUUGCGAGCAACAAUUUCGGAGUGCCAGCCAUCCAACCUCCUGGAGGAAUAUAAAGGAAAUAAAUGAAAUAAAGAAUUCCAGCCAUACCGGUGAUAGGAUCUAUAGAUCGAUAGAUCGACAGAUAGAUUCACGCGCACCCAGGCAACGAUUUUUUUGGGGCAUAUAUGGAGGGAAUCUGUUCGACUUUCCAGCCGUGCGUAAAAUAACUUGUUCCUCCUUGCAAACCCCGCAUGCAGUCCCGGAGGUGGACGCGGCCUCGGUGCAUGGAUCAAGCGGUGAGAUCUAAAAGAUGAACGCAGCAUUUCGCACGCUGACACGCAUCCGUCGGUUCCCCCCUUUCACACUGCAGGAGAGGGAAAUAAACCCGAAGGUGGAGCAGAUGCGAGGCCAGGUGCUUCCCACCUCCACCAUGCGGGAGAUCUAAGGCCGCGCACUGGAUCAUCCACCACGGGGGGAGAGGGAGUUUUUUCCAUCACAUCAAACAUUAUUUUGUUUAGUUUGGCUUUCUUUCUCUUCCUAAUUCUUUUUUUUUUUUGCUCCUUUCUUUUAUUUGUUGUUUAUUUGUUGUUUCAUUUCUAGUAGGGAUCUACUGAAUGCUUGGCAUCCUGCCUGUAAGUUAGUCAGAGAGAGAGAGAGGGAUCUUCUUCUCAGAAGUAGGUCAGAUCCUGCAAGAUAAAGCUGGCCAAAAUGGGAGUGACUCUUAUCACUCAUGCCGAUAUGACAUCUUGUUUACUUUUCUAAAUUUAACCUCCACUGGAUCCAUGACCGCUUGACCCCCCUCGUUGCUUCUUCUUCUUCUUCUUCUUCUUCCUCUCUCAUCAUCUCGGCCUGUCGGGUUUCUGCCUCGGCUCUUGAUUUCUCGCUUCCCCGACAUCCUUCCCCUUCUUCCAGGCUCUACCAGAAGUGCGUAUGGCUCUUUGCGGGACCACGGCUGCUAACACGGCUAAAAUGAUGGCGGCGUACACCGGAGGCGCUUCGGCCGUGGCGUCGGCAGCCCACCAUCCACACCACCACCACCAGCUGGCGCACCUGCCCCCUCCGCACCAGAUCCACCACCAGCAGCACCACCACCAUGCCGGGCAGCACCAUCUCCAGCAGCAGCAGCAGCAGCAGCAGCAACAGCAGCAGCAGCAUCCCGCCCCAGGUUCGGCUGCCGCCGUCCAUCCUGUCCAGCAGCAACAUGCGUCUGCUGCCGUCAUGCUCAACCCGAGCCAGCAACAGCAGCAGCAACCGUAUUUUCCGUCGCCCGCACCCGGCCAGGCCCCUGGUCCGGCUGCGGCUGCGGCGCCCGCUCAGGUGCAGGCUGCGGCUAUCAAGGCGCACCAUCACCACCAUCAACACCAUCUACAACAGCAGCUGGACAUCGAGCCUGAUCGGCCAAUCGGAUACGGGGCAUUCGGCGUGGUCUGGUCUGUGACGGACCCCCGGGACGGUAAACGCGUGGCCCUCAAAAAGAUGCCCAACGUCUUCCAGAACCUCGUCUCAUGUAAGAGGGUCUUCCGCGAGCUGAAAAUGCUCUGCUUCUUCAAGCACGACAACGUCCUGUCAGCCCUGGACAUCCUGCAGCCUCCUCACAUUGACUACUUCGAGGAAAUCUAUGUGGUGACGGAGCUGAUGCAGAGCGACCUCCAUAAGAUCAUCGUGUCUCCGCAACCCCUCAGCUCCGACCAUGUCAAAGUCUUUCUCUACCAGAUCCUUCGAGGUUUGAAGUAUCUUCACUCCGCCGGCAUUCUGCACCGAGACAUCAAACCUGGCAACCUUCUUGUCAACAGCAACUGUGUGCUCAAGAUCUGUGAUUUCGGUCUCGCGCGGGUGGAGGAGCCUGACGAGUCGCGUCACAUGACCCAGGAAGUGGUGACGCAGUACUACCGUGCCCCUGAGAUCCUGAUGGGAAGCCGCCAUUACUCCAACGCCAUCGACAUCUGGUCCGUAGGCUGCAUCUUCGCCGAGCUGCUGGGCCGACGCAUCCUCUUCCAGGCCCAGAGCCCCAUCCAGCAGUUGGAUUUGAUCACUGACCUGUUGGGGACGCCGUCGUUGGAGGCCAUGAGGACGGCGUGUGAAGGAGCCAGAGCUCACAUACUGAGAGGACCGCAUAAACAGCCCUCACUUCCUGUGCUUUACACCUUGUCCAGUCAGGCGACCCAUGAGGCAGUUCACCUGCUCUGCAGGAUGCUGGUCUUUGACCCAUCAAAGAGGAUCUCGGCUAAAGAUGCUCUGGCUCACCCGUACCUGGAUGAAGGGCGUCUGCGCUACCACACCUGCAUGUGUAAGUGCUGCUACACCACGUCGUCUGGCCGGGUUUACACCAGCGACUUCGAGCCCGUCACCAACCCCAAGUUCGACGAUGGCUUCGAGAAAAAUCUAACAUCAGUGCGGCAGGUCAAAGAGAUCAUCCAUCAGUUCAUCCUGGAGCAACAGAAGGGGAAUCGGGUACCUUUAUGUAUAAAUCCCCAGUCCGCUGCUUUCAAAAGCUUUAUCAGCUCGACAGUAGCUCAGCCCUCUGAGAUGCCUCCGUCUCCUCUGGUGUGGGAGUAGCUGAUGAUUAAUGAUGAACAUAACGAAGAUGAUGAUGAUGACGAUGUGACAUGAUGAAGACAUGAAGUGGGUGGCGGUGGUGGCCACCCACCUCACACACACAUGAACACACCUGAACACACACCUCCGGACUACUGAUGCCCCUUAAGAAAAAAAAGAAAAGGAAAGAAAAAAAAAAUCCGCGUAGCAUUUCACUGGAGUUAGCGCUUAGCCGAGCGGCUGACGUGUGUGUAUGUGUGUGUGUGUGUGUGUAUGUGUGUACUGAAAUACUAACUAAACCUAAAUGAAGGUGUAAAGAAGCAACCACUGCUAAGGAAGAUUUGUGAAUAAAUAGAGAGAGAGCGAGCGAGGGGGCGGGCCGGGCGUCUUACGUAUAGUAGAAGUAUUUCCACUACUCUGUAGUCUGUACAGUGGCAUGUGCAAGUUUAUGGGUGUGUGCAAGUGUGUGUGUGAUAGCGGAGUGUGCACACAUGUCGAACUACACACGCCAACAGAUGAAGACGGACGGCUUUUGUGGACUAGAAUGUGUGUUCGAUUGAAGGAAGGCUGUUGCCAUUCAUCCGCUUUGUACGUCACGCUUUAUUUAUUCACUGAUAGAGGAAACGGGUGCAAUCACUCCAUAUAGCACGGAGGGGCGAAAGCGCACUCUACCUCUCUUUCUCUCUUUUUUUUUCUUCCUCUCUCUCUUACACACACACAUACAUACACACCCCUGCCUCCUAGCUCAUUUUCCAGCUCAUCACUGUUUUAUUAAUUUAUUUAAGAUUAGUGAGUUAUUUCAUAGCUUGUUCUUGGUUUUAUUUUAUUUUAUCUUUGGUUGCAGCAUUGUGUUGUUUUAUGCUUUUUCCUCACACUCAGCAUAAGACAUCAGUAUUUCAGUACGUUAGAUUGCGUUACUGUGCAGAGAUACUAAUGGCUAAGCCUCUUAAGACUGCUGUACAACAAUGGGGGCUUCGUUGCUCCCAUCAGUGUUUCAUACUGAAAUAUAAAGGAGCAGAAAGAAUCCCAGGGCCCAAACAGGUCCGGAGUCGGGCAUCUCAGAUAAACGGGCCAAAAUCAGGAGGGGCGUCCCUUAAGGUUCAAAUGCUGGGGCGGAUAUAUGGUGGCAUCCCUUACCCAGCGGUCACACUAGCAAGUGACAAAUCUCUGUUGUUGCUUAUUAGCGUAUAGAGAAUGAAGCUGUAGUAUAUGUACAACUUCUUAAGGUAACUAGUUAAAAGUGAAUACAAUUUUGCACUUAUCAAGUGCGCUUUGGUUGUUUGACGUACAAUACGUGCUAGAAUUUCUACUAACGUCUUUCGUCUGAGUAGAUUAGGUUAGCAAAGUAAGGUAGCCGUACUAGUUACACAGACUCACCAGUGACUCUUAACAAUCCCUGCUUCUUUUUACUUCUCUUUAUAAUACAUUCGUCGUCAAUUUUGCAUCUCAAACAGCAUUUUUUUUUACAGCUAAUGUUGUAAUCGGGGAACUGAAAAUAAAUAUCAGACCACACUUUCUAUAGGACUGGUCUACUGGGCUGAUGGUUUCAGUUUAUUUGUCACGUCACUGCAUUAUACACUGUGUUUUCAUGGAAUCGAGUAGACGUGAUUGGUUGUGGGAAUCUCGGUUUCGUACAUGACAUGAAAAAUGAGUGUCGCUUUGUCGCUUGCUAGUGUGAAUGCAGGGUUAAGGUCGAACGCUGAGUUUGAAUAUGAAAAAGAAUGCUGUAUAUAUAUAAACGGCAUUCCUCAAGGUUCAGUGCUAGGGCAAAUAUAGUUCAUGAAUGAAAGAGGAAAACCGCAGUGCACAAAAUAAGUCGUUUUGAGAGAUCGAUGCUAGUUUCUUUUUUAAGCAUGAGUAGAGCUCACGGAUAUACUCAGCUGCCGUUAUAAAAUAUGACUGAGCGCUAUAAUGCCAGUAAUUACAUAAUAGCUGAUCUAGAAGGAACGUGGAUGUCUGAUUGCCAGCAAUGAUUUUCCAUAAAUGCGAUGCGAUCAACAGCCAUUCCAUGUUAACCAUGAAAUAUUCCCCAAAAAAGAAAGAAAAGGCUCUUGUCUCUAAAGACAAGUGCAAGUGAAUGUGCAUGUAUGAAUCCAAAGCAUGUGUUUCCUUCCACCUGCCUAAAACAUCGCAUCGGCGAUGGCCAAGGUCAGUGACAUGUCCUCAACCCUGCAUUUUUUUUUUCUUUCUUUUUAAAUUUUUUUUUUUUUUUUUCGUUUUUGUUGUUGUUGAAGAAGCCAGGGAAGGAAGGCCUAGUUUCACCUUCAUCACUUUCACACUGUCCGUAACGCAAUCUCUCAGCAAGGAAAAAAAAAAACAGAAAUCUCUCGAAAAAAAUAAACAAUAUUUAAUAUAUUUUUUAGAGGACUAUUUUUUAAUUUCUUCCUUAAAUGUGCUAUGGCAUGCUUUCCUCACAAUCCACUGAAUAUGGUAUGUAAAUAAAUGAGUAGUUAAUAGAUUUUCAAUGGAAAAGAAAACUACAGUCAAAAGAAAGGCUUACAAAUUUUAAAAAAAAAAAGAAGAUUCGAACACAGAAGAGUACUGCUGUAUAGAGGUCGCAUUAGCCUGCACAUUUUUUAGGGCUGUGAAAUUUGAUUUUAUUUUUGAGACUUGCAUAUAAUUGUACAUAUUUUUUCCUUUUUUUUUUUUUUUUUUCCCUGCACUAAAAAAAAGUGUAGAUAAAAACAUAAUCCAGGACAGUAUGAUUAUGAAAAACAAAUGACACAUAACCAAUUAUGUUAAUUGUCUUGUGUGUACUGCAAAGCUGUGGAUAUGAGUAGUCUAAUGAAGUAGAACCCUUUAUUAUUAUUAUUAUUAUUAUUAUUAUUAUUUGAUUUUUCUUUAAGGAAACACUGAACUGUUUGUGUAUAUGUAUAUAAUGAAUUCACAUUGUUGGUCUCUACCUCUGGAGCUCAGUGACUUGGUUGUUUACCUCCACACAUUUUUAAUUUAAAUGUGGAGAUUUAAAAACUUGAAUGUCCCUUCCAACUUUUAUAUUCCUAGAAAACCCUGUGCAAAAAAAAUUACAAAAAAAUAAUAAAAAUAAAUUAAAUAGCAAUUGGUUGGAGGUGGGCCCAUCUUAUACUUGUACAAAAUUCCAUAAUUCCACGUUUUCCCAACUCAGUGUUUUUUCCGACUGUUAGAUCACACCAAUCAUUUCCGUCACGCGAUACGACCCACAACGAUCGAGGUGAUUGGUUUUCUUAUCGAAAGAUGCGCGUUGAAAUUGGAAGUACAGAUCCAUGGCAGUGCAAACUUUUUUUCCGCAGGUAUAGCAUGUUCGGGAGAACGAUGCCAGACUAUAAAUAGAGUUUGUUUUCAUGAAAGAGACUAAAAUUUAAUGUGUGUUGGGCCAACUCAAGGUGAAGGAAAAAGAAAAAGGUACUACUCAUGUUGUAAAACAUUUUUAUAAGACAUUUGAGGUUUUUACUCAGAGGUAAUGGUAUUUGCAUUCAUUUUAUGGGAUCCAAAAAAGAUUGUAUACACACUUCAACAUGAAAAAAAUUAUGCCACUCUUCUGAUGGUCACAUGAUAGCAUCAACAAUGGUGCGACUACUGAUCUGUAGAGGAAACAUACUACUACACAUUGCUGCCAUACGUCAAUUCGAGUUUUUAAAAAGGCCAUAGAUAACAACUGUUGAAAUGUGUAUCCUUUUUUUUUUUUGGACCCUUAUAUAUAAACACAUGCUUAAACAAGGAAAUAGCUUUGGAUGGCAUGAAAACAGAGGUGGGGAUCAUAAGGGACCGGAAGGACUCCAGAUGUAUUAUGUGUUUGAAAAAAAAAAAAAAAAAAGAAAAGAAAAAAAGUGGCCGGUCUCUUUUAAAAAAUGUAGAUUUGAAGUACAGUGGUGAAGCUCAUUAAAUGUUGACAUUUAUGAAAAAUUAAACAAAUCUGUCUGGUUUCUUUU